AUGGUUGCCGGCCUCGACAGCCAGCGGCUGGAAGCCGUCUUCCAGUCGCGACCCGACAUCUUGCAGGGCAUUCAAAAGGCAGCCAACACACCUGAUCGAGUCGCAUUGUUCAACAAUAUCGCGAGCUUCGUUCACGAGCAGAUCAACGGACCCGAACCGGCAUCGAAACGCAGACGGAUAGAAGAAGGCCCUACGAACGGUUUCAAGGCGUCUAACACAAACGGGGUGGCUGCAAAGCCUGUACCGAAAAGCAUCGGGACCGGAAACGCUGCCGAUGAAGAGGUUCUCCUUGUGAUCAAGGAGAUUUCCGUCUCCGUGCCCCAGCGCAAGAAGUACGAGCUCUGCUUCACGGCGAACUUCUUUUACGCGCGGUUACCGAAUACCACUGCACCCGUCGAGGGCAUCAUCUACGCUUGGGAUGACAUUGGUGCGUCUCCAACCGCACAGGAACGUAACAUCCCAGCCAAGCUAACUUGCGCUUCAGAGUACCUCUUCUGCCUCCCCGUACCCGAGAAGACUCAGGUGCAGCACAACUACGUCCUGUUUCCCCGUGGAACAUGCCUCCCGACGAAAACCUCACCCGAGAAGGAAGCUCUGGUAUUCACAGUGCCUGCCACAGCCCCCAAGCCCGGCACCAUCGAAGGCCCGAAAGCGAACGCUGCAUCAGCAGUCUCCGACACCUACCGUGGCCUCUUUGAUUGGGCGUUGACGACACACCUCAGCUCCGCCGGCAAUCCUGCCGAAAUCGUCGCAGCCGAUCCCAACAUCUUCCACAGCCUCGUCCGCCAGCCGCACAGACCGAAUGAGAAGGCGGUACACGUCAAGGCCUUCCGCGGCUCCAAAGACGGAUACCUCUUCUUCCUUCCCAAUGGCAUUCUCUACGGCUUCAAAAAGCCUCUAGUAUUUCUGCCCGUCGACCGCAUUGUGGCCAUGAGCUACACAAGCGUUCUGCAGCGUACAUUCAACAUCGUGGUGGAGGUGUUCACCGAGGGUGACGCCACCGAGGAGAUUGAGUUCGGCAUGUUGGACCAGGAAGACUACGGCGGCAUCGACGAGUCCUAUGUCAAGCGCCACGGACUGCAGGACCGCAGUAUGGCGGAGCAGAGGAAGGCGAAGAUGGAGCUGACUGAGAACCUGAAGAAGAAGGCCAUCGCCAUUCCCACCAAGACAGCCGUUGCCACAGCCUCCGUCCAGACGCCCACAUCAUUCAACGUCACCAACGUUCCGCCGCCUACAGGGGGCGAUCGAGAUCAUGGCCAAGAUGGCGAGAAAGGCAACCUCGCGCCCUGGGAACAAUCGUUCUGUUCUAUGAAACACCAUCACGAAACAAAGUCAUCACAUCAUAAGAUGAAGCAUCCCGCACAUCUAGGGGGGAAAGACACCAAGGGCAAUCAAGCGCCAAAUUGGCAGCACUGCAAGAAACAUCUCGACAAGCAUCUGCCUCCCAAAAAGUCGCCUAGAAGCUUAGCAGGAACAAACGGGACACGGGCAUCCUCAGCGGAAGGUCAUGGAGGUCAAAAGGAGCAUGAGGGCCACAAGGGUCACAGGAGUCAUGGGGAAUGCUUCAAGAAGUGCGUUGGGUUCAAGAUACCCUUCAUCUCGAAGCUGAUACCCGAGGGCAUGAUGGAACCUGUCUGCGAGGGUAUCUGUGGAUGCAAGGGUUCUGAGCAAUGUAAGGGUAAAGACUCGGGAGGCGAGGAGGAGCCGUAG